AUGCGUAAUUGUCGUUCGGCUACUUCCGCUUCGUCUUAUCGUGAAUCUUACGGGAAUCGAUUAUUAUUUGCUCACAAUCGUUAUGAUUCAUUGACAGAUGCUGAGAAUGCCGAUGAUUGGUUGAAAUUUCAAUUGAAAAAAUUGAAAGCAAAACGUGAGAAUAAUCCGGAAAUGCUACGACGAAGACGACAAGAAAAAUUACUUCUCGAGGAAUUGAAACAUGUAAAUGAUGAUAGGCAAAUAAGACGUGAAAAUGAUGAACGUACGUAUAGCUUAGAAAGUUACGGACAAUCGGUUGAUCCAUUGGUGGAAUAUCGUGUUGAAGAGGAACGUUUAAAGAAUAUUCGUACACCAUAUCAUGAUAAUAAUGGUGGUGAUAAUCAUCGAUUAACCGAUGAAUCGAUUCAUUCAAUUCGAAAUAACGCUGAUUUUAGUAUUAAUUCAUCAGGUUUACCACCAAAGCCUUCUGAUAUUGUAAGACAUAAGCCACCAACACCACCAGUACGACCACUUUCACGUAGUCCAUCAUCAAGUCCAUAUCCACGACGAUAUCGUAAUAGGGCACCACCUUUUCAUGAAACAGCAUAUCAACGUGAACGAAAUCAAAUUAAUCGUAGUGAUAGCAUUGAGCAUGAUAUUGAUGAUUUGGAUAAAAGUGAAUUUAGCGAUCUGAAGAAUAUCGUAAAA